GCCAAAUAUUGCUUGGAUGCGAUGAACGCCUCAUGUAGGCAUCAGCAUGGAAAGCUGUGAGUCUCCCGUGGUUUCUGGGACAGACGAUGGGCUUGGCUCCUCUGCCACCUCCCAGCAGCAUCACCAUCCACAACCCUGGAACGAUCACCCUAACGCACAGGUCCCACCUUGCAACCCUUCCUUGGAGCCCCUGUCUCUCUCUGCACCCCACUCAGCCCAGCUCCAGAAUCCCAGCACACCCUGCGCGGCUGUAAGAGAACAGAAGCAGCAAACACUGUCACAGGUUCACGGUGAUAAUUCCACUACCAGACAGCUGCACCCCAAAAGAGAGGCGUUAGAGGAAGAGGAGCAGGAGGGAGUUAGCUGUGGAGAAGAGGACGAAAACUUGGAAGAAUUGAAUGAAAUGGAGAUUGACAGCUGUUUCCCUAGUCUGCAGCCCUUCUCUGGUGUACCUAUGGUGCCAAGUGGAGGGGGCAUGCCCAUGCUCAUGCGGCAACAGCCCUCCCAUCGGAGGGGAGCCACAGAGAGUGGGAGCGAAGAAGGAGAGGAAGAGGAGGAAGAGGAGAGUAGUGACGUGGAAAACCUGGCUGGAGAGAUAGUCUACCAGCCUGAUGGCUCUGCCUACAUUGUGGAGAGUCUCAGCCAGCUGAUCCAAAGCGAUGGGAGCAUGGAACCAGGCUUGCUCCCCUCAAACUCUCUCCCCAGUGGGGGAAAACCAGAGGAACCUGUGGGGACCUCUUCUUCGGUGUACCCUCAGAUCAUCAACACGUUUCAUAUAGCCUCGUCUUUCGGAAAAUGGUUCGGCUCCUCAAACCAAGGUUUCCCCAAUACCUCAACCCUGGCAGGCCUAAGUCCUGUCCUGCACAGUUUCCGCGUCUUUGAUGUGCGGCACAAAAGCAACAAGGAUUACCUGAACAGCGACGGGUCUGCCAAGAAGUCCUGCGUAUCCAAAGAUGUUCCCAACAACGUGGAUUUCUCCAAAUUUGAUGGCCUGGCCCUUUAUGGCAAAGGCAAGCCCAUCCUCAUGUGUUUCCUCUGCAAGUUGUCUUUUGGCUACGCACGCUCCUUUGUCACUCAUGCAGUCCAUGACCAUCGCAUGACCCUAUGUGAGGACGAGCGCAGGCUCUUAGGCCACAAGCAUGCAUCGGCGAUUAUACAGGGCAUUGGAAAAGACAAAGAACCACUCAUUAGCUUCCUAGAACCAAAAAAUAAAAACCCUCCUCCACCGCCUACCCUGGUACCCAUGAACUCAGGCCAGAGCUUCUACGGCACGUUCAGUGGGGUUCAUUUAGAAGGGGGCAGCAGUAGUCAGGGAGGUGAGAGCCUCCUCAACAAAGACUCUGACUCGGGUCUCCAGCAACAAGCCCUCCUCACGUUGGGGGGUCUUGGCAGCCCCAAGCCUUCCCUUACCUCAACCCCAGGCCCAGCCAAAGACUCCAACACUCUGUCCAAGCAGGGUAGGAGAACAGAGGGGUCUGUGGGGAAAGAGGGGACUCAUAGAGGGGAGGAUGGGGAUGCAGAAAUCUGUGAAAGAAAGGCUCUCCUUCACGGUGAGGAGAUGGCCUCAGAGGAAGAGGAUGAGCUUCUUUUAGAAGAAGAGGAUGAAGAGGUAGAGGACGAAGGCACUGUGGUGGCCUGUAGUGGAAGUAGCAGCAGCAGUGGCGUAUUUGUGGGGGAACCGGCUGUCUCAAACCAAAGCAUCUCCAAAACUCCUUUAUUAAUGCCUAGUAGCGCUCUCCAGCCUUCUGCUUGUCUCUCUGCAGCCAGCCCCGCACUCAGCAGCAAAGCCUCUGCUUCCAUAUCCUCCUCUUCUAUCAGAGGGUCAGAGGACGGGAUGGCUACAGACGGUGGAGGGAGAACUUCAGAUCUCUCUCUGAGCUUUAACUGCCAGGGGUCUACGCUCCCCACGGCAAUGGCAGCAGUCACCGGCAGAGGGGGCGAAGAGGAUGAGGCCGCAUGUUCCUCUGCGAGCACAUCCUCCCCUCUUGCGUCCAAUGCUGCUGCUGAGGAAAGUGCCAAUCGAGAUAGUGCCACAGCUCCUGAACCAAAUGAAUGCCCAGCAGAAGGAGAUGAGGACAACAGUGCCCUCCUACACCACCACCACCACCUUCACCACCAUCACCACCACCCGCACCCUUCACCAAAUGCUCACAUGCACCUCCAUCACACAGCUACUUGUGACAUGUCAGGAAUGAGUGAGUGCACCCAGAACCAUGGGGCUGGGGGCAGUGGAGGGAGUGGAGUGGAGUGCCCGAAGUGCGACACUGUUCUAGGCUCCUCUCGCUCACUGGGUGGCCAUAUGACCAUGAUGCACUCGCGGAAUUCGUGCAAGACACUGAAGUGUCCCAAGUGCAACUGGCACUACAAAUACCAGCAGACCUUGGAGGCCCACAUGAAGGAGAAGCACCCUGACUCUGGAAGCUCCUGUGUGUACUGCAGCAAUGGACAGAGUCACCCUCGCCUUGCCCGUGGGGAGAGCUACACUUGUGGCUACAAACCCUUCCGCUGUGAGGUCUGCAACUAUUCCACUACCACCAAAGGAAACCUAAGCAUUCAUAUGCAGUCUGACAAGCAUCUUAAUAACAUGCAGACGUUACAAAAUGGAGGAACUAUUCCGACCGCUGGUGAACAAGUGUUUGGGCAUGCACCUGGAGGGGUGGUGCCUGUUUCUUCUGCUACCCAGGCCAGCAGCCAUCAUCCUAGUCACCACCAUCAUCCUGCCCAGUCCUCCACCCACAUGGCAGGGCCCUGUGGUGCCCCUUCACCCACCAAGCCAAAAAGCAAGCCCACCUGGCGGUGUGAGGUGUGUGACUAUGAGACUAAUGUAGCACGUAACCUGCGCAUCCACAUGACGAGUGAGAAACACAUGCACAACAUGAUGCUACUUCAGCAGAACAUGACCCAAAUGCAGCAUGGCCGGCUUGGUCUAGGCGCCAUGCCUUCACCCUCAGAGGCUGAGUUGUACCAAUACUACUUGACCCAAAACAUGAGCCUGCCACCAGGCCUUAAGAUGGACCCAUCUGGAGCUGAAGCCCAGUUCUUGCUUGGAGGUUUUCAUCUCGACCCCAACAUGGCGGCUCUGGCCCCAGCAUUAGCUUUCAGGCACACCUUCCUUGUUUAA